AUGUCCGCCCCCAACGAAACCCAACAAACCCCCGGCCUCCACCUCCACACCACCUUUGCGCUUCCUCCGCCCUCCUCCUCAUCGCAAUACCACCACCACCACCACACCCCCAAACCAACCCCCAAAAGAACCACCCUCCUCACCCCCUCCACCUCGCCCACCAUCUCCCCGCUCAGCUCCACAACCACCAGUCCAACCUCCUCCCCCAUCUCCAACCCGGAAUCCAUCUCCUCCGCCUCCGACGCCUCGCUGUAUACCACCGCCUCCCCGCCCCCAUUCGCCUUCCACCGCUUACACUUCCCUUCCUCCCCUGGCAAUGGGGGAAACACCACCCCCAGGACCGAAGCCACAAGCAUCAACAAACCGCCGCAAUACAAAUACAACUUGAACCCACCCAGCAAGCAACCCGACCUCACCACCCCGCCCCUCAGUCCACAUCUAGUCCCCUUCAACCCGGCGCCGAGGACACCGACUCAGCAGGCGCAGGCGCAGGCGCAGCACGAGCACGAGCACGAGCAGACGCACACUCCUGUCCCGGCAACCUCGCUCCUUUCUCUCUCCCCCUCGCUAUCGCUAUCGCUUUCCCGGUCGCCGUCGCCGUCGCCGUCGCUUUCCCUGACGCUGAACCAGCAGCAGCAGCAACUCCGACCCAGAUUGCUGUCGAAAGCCGAGAAGGAGGUCCUCGAGGAACAGGGCCGCGCAGCGGGCGAUGCGGUGGAGCGGGUGGGGCUGGGGAUGUUGGAGCCGAGACCUGUGCCUUUGCCUUGCACGGUUGCGGCGGGCGGGAUAGGGAUAGGAGGGAUGAUCGGCAGCGGCAUGGGAAGAGGCGUGGUGGCGUUUGAGGGGAUUGAGGAGGUUUUGGCGGGGUGA